UCUCCCCCCGGGGCAGGCCGGGGAGCGGCGCCAGCGUCCGCGGCGGGGCCCGGCCUUCCCCCGGCGUGCCCGGUCGGCCCCGGGCCCUCCCUCCGCCCCGGGGCUGCGGGGGCCGCAGGCGCUGCCUCUCGCCGCUGGCGUCCGGCAGAGGGCGGGGGGCGGCGGGGGGGACGCGUUUCUCCGGGCCGUACCCGCAGGGGCUGCGGGGGCCGCCUCCGGCGCCGGGGGUCCCUCAGGGCCGGGGUCGGUCCCGGGCUGCCACACGGCCCUGCCCGGGCCUUGUUGCCUUCCCCCGGGGCAAGGGGCCCGUACGGCCUCGGGGCCGUUGGUGGGGACACCGCCCGAGCAGCGCAGCUGGAGGCGGGUGGCUGUCUGCUGCAAGCCCGUCCUCGAAGCCUGCCCAAACCCACCCUGCUUUAUUGGAAUGCCCGAAUCAGCGAUUGUGGGACUGGCUGUAUCCUGGGAGAAAGAAAGAUGUCGCUGAAACCGUUUGCCUACCCGUUGCCUGAAACAAGGUUCCUUCAUGCAGGCGGGCUUGUGUACAAAUUUAAAAUCCGGUAUGGCAACUUCAGCAGUGCUCCUGAUCUCAACGCUGGAAGUGCUGUCAAGGAGUUAGAGGAAGCGAUUCGAGUAAUCCUUGGAAAUCUUGAUGAUUUACAUCCAUUUUCUACAGACCACUUCACUGUCUUUCCGUAUCUGAGUAAAUGGGAGAGAGUAUCGGAGAUGAGAUUCAAACAUGAGAACGUCCUUCUCGUGCCUUAUCCCUACAUUUGCACUGUCUAUCUAGAACUCAACUCAUUUCAGCAGAACGUAUCUCGUGGUAAAGAAGGAGACGAGGGCAGUGAUGCGCUUGUCAAGAGAAGCAAUGAAGCGUCCGGAAGUCCUGCAGCGGAAGAAGCGGUGAAGAGGAGGAGAGUGGAAGUCGGAGCAGAGACCUCACGCCCACCGUUGGGUACGGACAGGACUGGAGCCAGGCACGGUGACUGUCGGAGUAAAGCAAAGCAGGGAUGUGAAACGAAUUCCUCCAAAGCAAAGGAGCGUGAGUUUAGUCCAGCAUCCCUUGGCGUGGGCUGUAACCAAGCGCUUUUCUGGGGAUCUGGGGAAUCUGACCUCGAACGAAGAACAGCAGCCAGUCAGGCUGAAGGCACGGUGCAGCUGCUGCAGCCAACGGACCCAACGGCCAACAAGGGAAGCGCGGAGUCCAAAGGAAAAGGUGUAUCAACGUUCUGGAGAAGCAUGAUCUUUUCGCCACUACAGCAUCUUUUUGGUGGGAAGAACUGACCUGGAAGUCCUGAUUGUGGUGGAAAGGUCACCUUGUAGCGUGAGUGUCAGGUGGUAUUGUUUCUCGUGUAAUUCAGCUUUUCACAUUGCUUGUCUUAAACGCUUUAACGGAAAGUCUGUUUUGUUCACCUUCUCAACUCAACAUCCUGAAGAUGUUGGGUUAGAAUGUCCUUUUCUUCACAGCCUAGGGUUUUUGGAAAAAGAGCAACAAGCUUUAAGAUUGUGAUCCUCGAGUGUCAUACAUCGGGAAUGUCACGUGGAAAAGUUCUUAGAUGAGGUUCUAAUAAAACAAGCAUCGACUCGGAACUGCGUGUUACUUUACUGAGC